GAGAGAGAAAAUUGAAAGAUCGAGAAAGCGAGAGAAAUAAAAGAGUGAAGUAAGAAAAGUGAACAGAAAAUACUCUUUUUCUUUCUCUGCAACUGCAAUUGCAAGAAAUCUAAAAACCCCAAGGAAUUCAAAAUCCUAAUUAACAGUAAUAACAGUAAUGUCUGUUUCAUUCUCUCUUCUCUCAUCACAAACUCGACCUUUUCCUCCUCCUUUUCCUUUCCCUUACAAGUCCAAGUCCAAGUCCAACCGUCACUUCCUUCUUCCUCAUCGCACUUCUACAUCGUCCACGUGUCCAUCUUCUCCAAUACGACGCCGUCUCCUUCUCGAACCAAACAGUACUCACCUCUCUCUUCGCUGUUCCUCUUCCAUGUCUGUUGAGAACUCCACUCCUACUUCCCAGCUGCAGGAUAGUUUGUUGUUUUCAAGAGCAUACUGGGUUAGUAAAUCGAUUAUUGCCUGGAAUGUGGAUGUUGGAGAUGGUUCCUGCUUCUUAUUCGCUAGUAAAACUGCUGCUUUAGCAAUUGUGGAUGAUGGCGUUGAAGGCAAGGACAUGCAAAUUAAGCUUGAAGAAGACAGUUGUGGGCUUCCAGAAAAUGUGAUUAGAAAAUUUCCUCAUAUUCAAGACUACAGAGCUUUCAAAGUGCCUUCUACUUUGGAUGCCAAAACUCUCCUCAAAUGCCAGUUAGCAGUUGCUACUUUCAAUUCUGAUGGGAAAUGCAUAAAUGUUACUGGUUUGCAAUUACCUGGGGUGCUUGACGACUUAUUCUCAUACAAUGGUCCCCUUGGUGCACUUUACUCAGAAGAAUCUGUGUCACUUUACCUCUGGGCUCCUACUGCUCAAGCAGUAUGUGCUUGCAUUUAUAGGGAUCCAGUAGGUGGGAAUCCUCUGGAAAUUGUCCAGCUUGAGGAGGUUAAUGGUGUUUGGAGUACCAAAGGACCAAAAAGAUGGGAAGGCUGUUAUUAUGUCUAUGAAGUAUCUGUAUAUCAUCCUAGCACCUUGCGAAUUGAUAAAUGUCAUGUAAAUGAUCCAUAUGCUAGAGGGCUCUCAUCAGAUGGCAGGCGGACAUUUUUGGUCAACCUUGAUUCUGAUACAUUGAAACCUGAAGAGUGGGAUAAUUUGGCAAAUGAGAAAUCUGAUAUACUCUCUUUCUCUGACAUAAGUAUAUAUGAAUUGCAUAUAAGGGAUUUCAGUGCCAAUGACUACACUGUGCAUCCCGAAUUUCGUGGUGGUUAUCUGGCCUUCACUUUGCAGGAUUCAUCAGGUGUGCUCCAUCUAAAAAAAUUAUCAAAUGCUGGUCUCACUCAUGUCCAUCUAUUGCCAACCUUCCAAUUUGCUGGUGUUGAUGAUGAGAAGGAGAAUUGGAAGUGUGUGGAUACCAAUAUGCUGGAAAAAUUACCACCUGAUUCAGUUCAGCAACAAGAUCUAAUUACGGCAAUCCAAGACAAUGAUGGGUAUAACUGGGGGUACAAUCCUGUGCUCUGGGGGGUCCCUAAAGGAAGUUAUGCAAGUAACCCAAAUGGUCCAUACCGUAUAAUUGAGUUUAGAAAGAUGAUUCAGGCACUUAACCGUAUUGGCCUUCGCAUUGUAUUGGAUGUUGUCUACAAUCAUGUGCAUGGAAGUGGGCCCUUUGAUGAAAAUUCGGUCCUUGAUAAGAUUGUUCCAGGUUACUAUCUGAGAAAGAACACUGAUGGUCUUAUUGAGAAUAGUACAUGCGUGAAUAACACUGCCAGUGAGCAUGUUAUGGUUGAGCGUCUGAUUCUUGAUGAUCUUCUUCACUGGGCAGUUCAUUAUAAGGUUGAUGGGUUUCGGUUUGACCUCAUGGGUCAUAUAAUGAAAAGUACAAUGGUGAAAGCCAAGGAUGCUCUCCACAGCCUAACAAAGGAAAGGGAUGGGAUUGAUGGUUCAAGUAUCUAUAUAUAUGGUGAAGGAUGGGACUUUGGUGAAGUUGCCAAAAAUGGACGGGGGGUAAAUGCUUCUCAGUUCAAUCUUAGUGGAACUCAAAUUGGGAGCUUUAAUGAUCGAAUUCGGGAUGCAAUGCUUGGUGGAUCUCCAUUUGGCCAUCCUCUUCAGCAAGGAUUUGUUACUGGUCUAUUUUUGCAGCCAAAUGGUCAUGAUCAUGGUACAGAAGCUAAUGCAGAAUGCAUGCUUGCUGUGGCAAAGGAUCACAUCCAGGUUGGCAUGGCUGCAAACUUGAGGGAUUUUGUGCUAACUAAUUUUGAAGGAAAAGAGGUAAAAGGAUCAGAGGUAUUAACUUAUGGUGGGGCCCCUGUUGCAUAUGCUUUAUCUCCCACAGAAACAGUUAAUUAUGUUUCUGCUCAUGACAAUGAGACCCUGUUUGACAUAGUGAGUUUGAAGACUCCAACGGAAAUCUCUGUAGACAAGAGAUGCAGGAUAAAUCAUUUGGCAACAAGUGUAAUAGCGCUAUCACAGGGAAUACCAUUUUUCCACUCUGGUGAUGAGAUGCUUCGCUCAAAAUCUCUUGAUCGUGAUUCGUACAACUCUGGGGAUUGGUUCAACAGGCUUGACUUUACUUACAAUUCUAACAAUUGGGGUGUUGGCCUUCCUCCAAAAGAGAAAAAUGAAAAGAACUGGCCACUAAUUAAACCAAGAUUGGCAGAUCCAUCCUUCAAGCCUCAGAAAAUUCACAUUCUUGCUGCUGUGGAUAAUUUUUUAAACCUGUUGCGUAUAAGGUACUCUUCACCGCUCUUCCGUUUGAAGACAGCAAAUGCUAUCCAGGAAAGGGUACGCUUCCACAAUACUGGACCGUCAUGGAUCCCUGGUACAAUAGUGAUGAGCAUUGAAGAUGGUUAUGAAGGUGUCCCAGGGUUCUCUCAACUGGAUCCCAUCUAUUCAUACAUUGUGGUUAUUGUCAAUGCAAGUCCAACUGAAGUCUCAUUUGCUUGCCCUGCAUUACGGGCAAGAACUCUUAAAUUGCAUCCUAUUCAGGUGAUGUCAACAGAUGAACUAGUUAAGAGCUCAACAUAUGAAGGAUCCUCUGGGUGCUUCACUGUGCCCCCAAGGACAACAUCUGUGUUUGUUGAGCCCCGAUAGAUUUGAGAUUUGAGUGUCUGUGAUAUCAAUUGUGGUAUUUCACCGUUCAUUUCACUUUAAAAGUGGUUGGGAGCCAUCAUUAGCUAGUAAUCUGGUGACUUCCCAGCUAAUGGUACAGUUCUCAUCUAUCAGGAGUUAGUUGUGACUUCAACAGCGCCAAACGUGUGAUAAUAAAAAAUAAAAAAAUAUUGUACUCUUUUUAAAGCCUGUUCUCAAUGGAGUGAAGCUUCCAGGGCUUUUAUUUUUUGGUUGCACUCAUGAAAUGUUUGUGUAAUAUUUAGCCAAAAUAUUUUGAAGAUCGAAUUGUAGAUAAGCAAUGUAGAUGACCUUGAAACUGGAGAUGAAUGAAUAAAGACUAAGACUUCAACCUUU